CCGACACGCCGAGAAGAGAGAACCGAAAAACGCAACCUUUAACCAACUUUUCUCCCAAGGAAACUUCUCCACUUCUCUCCUCGCUUCCGCGCCGCCCGCCGCCGCCGCCUCCGACAUGGACACCACCAUCGGCUCGGUGCCGUCGGCGUCCGACGCGGCGUCGCCCCCGCCGGCUCCCGCCGCGGCGACCGCGCCGAGGGAGGCCACGCUGGGGCGGCACCUCGCGCGGCGCCUGGCGGAGGUCGGGGCGCGCGACGUCUUCACCGUGCCGGGGGACUUCAACCUCACGCUGCUCGACGAGCUCGAGGCCGAGCCCUGCGGGGUGCGCCUCGUCGGGUGCUGCAACGAGCUCAACGCCGCGUACGCCGCCGACGGGUACGCCCGCGCGCGCGGCGGCGGGGUCGGGGCCUGCGCCGUCACGUUCACCGUCGGUGGGCUCAGCGCCAUCAACGCCGUCGCCGGCGCGUUCAGCGAGAACCUGCCCGUGGUGUGCAUCGUUGGGGGGCCCAACAGCAACGACUACGGGAGCAACCGCAUCCUGCAUCACACCAUCGGGUUGCCUGAUUUCACGCAGGAGCUCAGGUGCUUCCAGACUGUCACUUGCUAUCAGGCCGUGGUGAAUAACUUGGAGGAUGCACAUGAGCAGAUUGACACAGCCAUCUCCACUGCAAUUAGGGAAAGCAAGCCUGUUUACAUAAGCAUCAGCUGCAACCUCCCUUCUAUCCCACAUCCCACAUUUAGCCGCCAUCCUGUCCCUUUCUUCCUUUCCCCAAGACUAUCAAACCAGAUGAACCUUGAGGCAGCAGUGGAAACUGCUGCAGCUUUCUUGAACAAAUCAGUUAAGCCAGUCCUCGUUGGUGGACCAAAAAUGAGGGUAGCCAAAGCAUGCAAAUCCUUUGUAGAGCUAGCUGAUGCCUGUGGUUAUCCUGUUGCAGUCAUGCCAUCUGCGAAGGGUCUUGUGCCAGAGCACCAUCCUAGGUUUAUCGGCACAUACUGGGGUGCUGUGAGCACUCCGUUCUGUGCUGAGAUCGUUGAGUCAGCUGAUGCAUAUCUAUUUGCUGGCCCAAUCUUUAAUGACUACAGCUCGGUUGGAUAUUCACUCCUCCUCAAGAAGGAGAAGGCCAUCAUCGUCCAGCCAGAUCGGGUGGUGAUCGGGCAUGGACCUGCAUUUGGGUGUGUUCUGAUGAAGGACUUCCUGCAUGCGCUUUCAGCACGGCUGAAGAAGAACACAGCUGCAUAUGAGAAUUAUCGUCGGAUUUAUGUGCCUCCAGGUGAACCUCCUUUGUCUGAGCCGGAAGAGCCAUUGAGAGUGAACAUACUUUUCCAGCAUAUUCAGAAAAUGUUGUCAGCCAACUCGGCUGUCAUUGCUGAGACCGGAGACUCUUGGUUUAAUUGCCAGAAGCUGAAGCUACCAGAAGGCUGUGGGUACGAAUUUCAAAUGCAAUAUGGAUCAAUUGGUUGGUCAGUGGGUGCAACCCUGGGAUAUGCACAGGCUGCUAAGGAUAAGCGUGUCAUUGCAUGCAUCGGAGAUGGAAGCUUUCAGGUAACAGCACAAGAAGUGUCGACAAUGCUUCGUUGGGGGCAGAAAAGUAUCAUAUUUCUCAUAAACAAUGGAGGGUACACCAUCGAGGUGGAGAUCCAUGACGGUCCUUACAAUGUCAUCAAGAAUUGGAACUACACCGGUGUGGUGGAAGCGUUCCAUAAUGGCGAGGGGAAGUGCUAUACGGCUAAGGUCCGAACUGAGGAGGAGCUGAAAGAAGCAAUUGAGGAAGCUCAGGGGCCUAAGAAGGACUGCUUGUGCUUCAUAGAGGUCAUUGUACACAAGGAUGACACCAGUAAGGAGCUUCUUGAGUGGGGCUCCAGAGUUUCCGCUGCAAAUAGUCGCCCACCGAAUCCUCAGUGAGUACGUCAGGUCUCCUACUUGUGAUGUUUUGAGUAGGAGAAUGUCAGGGGUCUCAAUAAACUGUGCAUGUAAUUAACCGCUGUUGUAAGUGUUCAUGGUUCCUUCAUAGAAAUGAUUUCAGACACGGAUGCCUGUAUUGUUGUUGUUAAUAAAUCUGAAAUCGAUUUUGUU